UCUCGGUGGCUUCCCAUGGAGUGGUUUGCUCCCUGUCUGCACCAGAGGAUGUCCUGUAUUUCUCCUCCUCUGUAAUUUUUCUCACGUUCACGCUGGGCCGUGUCCUUCCCCACUGAGGCAGCCCGUGAGCUGAGGCCCACCUCCAGGGGCCUGAGUGAGCCGCCACAGCCCGGUGUUUCAGGCGCAGCUGACUUGCCUCGGGGACAGGAAGACACUGCGGGGCACGGCUGCAGCAAAGGUGCCUGCUGGGUGCUAGAGAGAAGGAAAGCGGGGUGGGGGUGGGGGAGGAGGGCGGGAGGAUGCAGCUCCAGCCCUGUCCAGGCCCGCUGCCUGCCAUGCGGCCUUGGGCAAAUCACUGAACGCCCCACACGUGCCUGGUUUCCCACCACCACCACCACCCCCAAAAGGCAAAGGUCUGCUGACGUGAGCCUGUCUCCUCUGUAGCCUUGGCUGCACCACUUGCCCCUGAGCCUCAGGUCUGCAGGGGCACUUGGUCCGUGGAGCAAACCCUGGCAGCAACCCCUGCCUCUGGCCUUCCGGGUGAUGACAAAGCCAGAGAGCUGGCCCGAGGCAGCCACGGCUCACUCAUUUGUCUGUGAGGCUUGUUGGCUUUUGAAAUGAGACAGGAAGGAGGGCUGAGGUGGAGCCCGGCACAGGAAGAGGUGAGGAGCCCCUGCUGCCGUGACAGCCGGGGACUCGGGGGAGUGCAGGAGCUGGCAGGCCACGUCCCUGCUGCCCUGCGUGGUCAGCACCGCCCGGUCCCUCCAGACAGGGCUUCACUCCUGCCCUGGAUGGAUCCUGAGGGACCCGGCUGACCGGCUGCAGAGAUUUCCAGGACAUCCUCCCCUCCGCCCAGCUGCCUCUGUCCACUGGAGCAGGGUGAAGCCCAGAAGUGCCAGGAUGGAGCACCCCUAGUCCCCUGGUCUCGGCCUCCCUGGAGAAAUGAGGCUCGGGAGACCCGUGGACAAAGGAUGGCCAACUCCUGCCCGCUGAGUGCCUGGGGCCCUGCUGGAGGGGCUGCCGAGGGCUGGACACCCUGCCCACUGCAGGUUACAAAUGAGGACACCACGGCACAGAGAGCUCAGGCGGCCUGUCCAGUGUCACACAGACGCCCCUGGCCGCAGUCCCCGACUCCAUGAGGAAGCAGGAGUUGCGCCCGGGCGGGGAGGCUGGCCAGGGCCACGCCGCCAGCUCCCCAGCCGAGCAGGUGAAAGCCCUGGUGGACCUGCUGGCCGGGAAAGGCGGUCAGGGCUCCCAGGCCCCACAGCCCCCCAACAGGACGCCAGAAUGCCCGCUGAAGCCCCAUGGCAAUGACUUGAGGAUACAGAGGCACCGGGAGGCCCUGCUGAGCAGGACCGGGGGCGGCCCCGAGCUGGGCAGCCCCUCCCCAAGGCUGACCAGCCUCCUGCUGGUGGAGGGCCUGACGGACCUGCAGCUGAGGGAGCACGACUUCACGCAGGUGGAGGCCACGCGCGGGGGCUGGUGCUCGGCCAAGACCAUCGCCCUGGACAGGCUCUUCCUGCCCCUGUCGCGGGUAUCCAUACCCCCCCGCAUCUCCAUCACCAUCGGGGUGGCCGGGGUGGGCAAGACCACCCUGGUGAGGAACUUCGUCCACCUCUGGGCCCGGGGGCAGGUGGGCAAGGACUUCUCACUGGUACUGCCGCUGACCUUCCGGGAUCUCAACACCCAUGAGAAGCUGUCUGCAGACAGACUCCUCCGCUCCGUCUUCCCGCAUGCUGGGGAGGCGGGCCUGGCAUCAACGGCGCUGAGCAAAGCCCUCCUGGUCCUGGAUGGCCUGGACGAGUGUAAGACGCCCCUGGACUUCUCCAACACCGUGGCCUGCACGGACCCCAAGAAGGAGAUCCAGGUGGACCACCUGAUCACCAACAUCAUCCGGGGCAACCUCUUCCCGGAAGUGUCUGUCUGGAUCACCUCUCGUCCCGGCGCAGCUGGCCAGAUUCCGGGGGGCCUGGUGGACCGGAUGACCGAGAUCCGGGGCUUCAGUGAAGAGGAGAUCAAGACCUGUCUGGAGCAGAUGUUCCCCGAGGACCCUGUCCUCACGGGCUGGGUCCUGAGCCAGGUUCAGGCUGACCGGGCCCUGUACCUCAUGUGCACCGUCCCGGCCUUCUGCCGGCUGGCGGGGGCAGCGCUGGGCCACCUGCACCGCCACAGGCCGGGGCCCCCGGACGCCGAGCUGUGGCCCCCGAGGACCCUGUGUGAGCUCUACUCGUGGUACUUCAGGAUGGCCCUUGGCGGAGAGGGGCAGGAGAAGGCCAAGGCGAGCCCCCGUAUCGAGCAGUUGGCUCUCAGCGGCCGCAAGCUGGUGGGCACGCUGGGCCGGCUGGCCUUCCACGGGCUGGUCCGGAAGAAGUACGUGUUCUACGAGCCCGACCUGAAGGUGCUGGGCGUGGACCUCGCGCUGCUACAGACGGCCCUGUGCGGCCGCUUCCUGCAGCGGGAGGAGACGCUGGCCUCCGCGGCCGCCUACUGCUUCACCCACCUGUCCCUGCAGGAGUUCGUGGCGGCCGCGUACUACUGCAGCGCCUCCAAGAGGGCCAUCUUCGACCUCUUCACCGAGGGCGGCGUGUCCUGGCCCCGGCUGGGCUUCCUCACGCACUUCCGGAGUGCGGCCCAGCGGGCCAUGCAGGCCGAGGACGGGCGGCUCGACGUCUUCCUGCGAUUCCUCUCAGGCCUCUUGUCCCCGAGGGUCAACGCGCUGCUGGCCGGCUCCCUGCUGACCCAGGGCGAGCACCAGGGCUACCGGGCCCAGGUGGCCGAGCUCCUGCAGGGCUGUCUGCGCCCUGACGUGGCGGUCUGCGCCCGGGCCGUCAACAUCCUGCACUGCCUGCGCGAGCUGCAGCACAUCGAGCUGGCCCGCAGCGUGGAGGGGGCCGUGGCCAGCGGGGGCCUGGCCAGGCUGACCAGCCCCCCGCACCGCGCCGCCCUGGCCUACCUCCUGCAGGUGUCUGACGUCUGCACCCCGGAGGCCCCCCUGCCCCUGCGCCUAGGCCCGGGCGUCCUCCAGAGCCUGCUGCCCCAGCUGCUCUACUGCCGGAGCCUGAGGCUGGACACCAACCAGUUCCAGGACCCCGUGAUGGACCUGCUGGGCAGCGUGCUGAGUGGGAAAGACUGUCGCAUUCAGAGGAUCAGCUUGGCUGAGAACCAGAUCAGUAACAAAGGGGCCAAAGCUCUGGCCAGAUCCCUCCUCGUCAACAGAAGCCUGACCACUCUGGAUCUCCGCAGUAACUCCAUCGGCCCUCAGGGGGCCAAGGCACUGGCAGAUGCUCUGAAGAUUAACCGCACCCUGGCCUCUCUGAGCCUCCAGAGCAACAGGAUCAGGGACGACGGCGCCAGGUCCAUGGCUGAGGCCUUGGCCGCCAACCGGAUCCUCUGUGUGCUUCACCUGCAGAAGAACUCCAUCGGGCCAGUGGGAACCCAGCAGAUGGCAGAUGCCCUGAAGCAAAACAGGAGUCUGAAGGAGCUCAUGUUCUCCAGCAACAGCAUUGGCGAUGGAGGCGCCAAGGCCCUGGCGGAGGCCCUGAUGGUGAACCAGGGCCUGAAGAGCCUGGACCUGCAGAGCAACUCCAUCAGUGACCCGGGAGUAGCAGCGCUGAUGGGGGCCCUCUGCACCAACCAGACGCUCCUCAGCCUCAACCUUCGAGAAAAUUCCAUCAGCCCGGAGGGAGCCCAGGAUCUGGCGCGUGCUCUCCGCACCAACAGCACCCUGAGGAGUCUGGACCUGACAGCAAACCUACUCCACGACCAGGGCGCCCAGGCCAUCGCAGAGGCAGUGAGAGAAAACCACGCCCUCACGUCCCUUCACCUGCAGUGGAACUUCAUCCAGGCCGGCGCUGCCAAGGCCCUGGGACAAGCACUACAGCUCAACAUGAGCCUGACCAGCCUCGAUUUACAGGAGAACGCCAUCGGGGAUGAAGGUGCCUCUGCGGUGGCCAGCGCGCUGAAGGUGAACACAGCCCUCACUGCUCUCUAUCUCCAGGUGGCCUCCAUUGGUGCUCUGGGGGCCCAGGCACUCGGGGAGGCCCUGGCUGUGAACAGAACCUUGGAGAUUCUAGACUUAAGAGGAAACACCAUCGAGGUGGCUGGAGCCAAAGCCCUGGCGAAUGCGCUCAAGGUCAAUUCCAGUCUCCGGAGACUCAAUCUUCAAGAGAAUUCCUUGGGAAUGGAGGGGGCGAUAUGCGUUGCCACUGCACUGUCUGGAAACCAUGGGCUCCGGCACAUCAAUCUCCAGGGAAACCACAUUGGAGAGUCUGGUGCCAGGAUGAUCUCAGAGGCUAUCAAGACAAACGCUCCCUUGUGCACUGUGGAAAUGUGAGCAAAACAAGUUCCUGGUGGAUCCGGUAGACACACAGCUGAAAACUUUCCAACAAAAGGACCAUUUCUCAAGGGUGCCUUCCUGCGGUCUGGGAAUGAUGCUGACCCACAAGAGUGCUGGUCUUCUGCAAGGAGGCAGGAAAGGAGCUGCCAGAGGAGGAUACGAGACCCUCUCCUGGUCCAGGGUCAGUCCAGGCAGGGGAGAGAUGGACGCUCCACUACAGCACGGAGAAGGGAUGGUCUUCUGCCAAGGGACUCAGGGACGGGACUCAGAGCUCAGCAAGAAGCCAGUCAGUGCCUAUUUAUGUCCUGGGGUCUUUAAUGUGCCCCUACCUUUUCUUAUCAUGACUUCCCUGGAUAAAAUCACUGCCUCACUCUGAAAUGAACUGCCAUCUUCAAGCCCAUGAAGAGUGUCAAUUUGGCAUCAGUGACAGAGGGAACAUCUUUUUUCAAGAAGAAAAGGCUACAGGAGUAUGAUCUUUAGAGUCAUAUGGAAAAAUUAGGAAAAAAUUUUGAAGAGAAAGGAAGGCUUUAAUUAUAGGAUUCUGGAGCAAAGACAAAAAAAGUUCUCCAAGGUUUCUGUCAUCUUUCACUCAUUACAAAGUCUCUCAAAGACAGAGAUUAUGUCCACUGUAUGUCACUUGGAAUCUGGCAUGGUGGUUAUCAAUAGCAUGUUAAAUAUCGAUGUCUUCAUACUUUCUAUAUUAGGUUCCCCAAAGCACUUCUGCAUCUACAGCUUCCCCAUGAGAGCAAGACAGUCAAGCUUCCACAUGGCAUAAACUCCCUCAGAUGCCUUUCAGUGUUUGAAGGAAAACUAUUCCAAAUGAACAUCAGGGGUUCUUCAACUACAUAACCAAGGAAAAUGGUUAUGGAAGUUAUAAUUAUCAUUUUAAAACCUCAACAGUAACUAUUGUUCCAAAUGUUUCUUUAAAAAUGAGUAUUUGGGUAAGAAACAUCAUUGGAUGAUAUAACCAUGAACGAAAUCCUACUAAGAAAGAAAAUCAUACAGUCUCUGAUUAUUACCCCACAGAGAGGUAUUUACAAAGGUUCCAUAAAAAUGGAGACAUUUUGGGGACUUCCUUGGCAUUCCAGAGGUUAAGACUCUGUGCUCCCAAUACAGGGGGCAUGGGUUAGAUCUCUGGUCAAGGAAACUAAGAUUCCACAAGCUAAAAAAAAAAAAAAAAAAAAAAUAUGCUGGUAUAUUUUUUUUUUAGUGGAGACAUUUUGCAAAUGUCACCUUGUCAAAGUGAUGAAACUCCACAUCACUGAUGAUGGGAAGAAUGGACACCCUGUGCCCUCAGUGUGAUGGCUGAGGAGGACACGUCACUGAUGUACUAUUCCUGCCAGAAGUGUUUACCUGAAUCUAAUCAUGAAGGAACAGUCAGACAAAAUCCAAAUUGAGGGGUAGUCUGGGAAAAACUAGCAUGACCUCUUAAAAAUAAUCAACAUCAUGAAAAAUACAAAAAAGCUGGGGCUGUUUUAUUAUUAAAGAGUCUUAACAACUUAAGAGCUUUGAUUGGAUCCAAGACUAGAGGGGAAAGAAUCAGCUAUAAAUAACAUUAUUUGGAAGGCAGGGAAAUUUGGUCUUAAGUCUUAAAGAAUCUUCAAUAGAUUACUGGUUCUGAAAGUAUUUUUUCUGGGUAUAGAAUUCCAGGAUGAUAGUCUUUUCUUUCAGCACUUUCAAGAGGUUGCUAUAUUGUCUUCUGGUUUGCACUGUUUCUGGCUGAGUUGAGAAUGUGAUGGACAAAAGUCACAGCAGUCAAAUGCUGGAGACAGCUGUGCCUUGCAGGAAACUAGCACUGGAGAAACUUCAGGGGUCAAAAUGUGCUCUCCAGGGAUCUCAACACAAGCCACACUAGAAUUGGAAGGAGAGCCCCCUCCCUCCUCCAAAGUGUCUCAAGCAUCCUACUGACCAUGCUUAACAUGUUGCUGUUGUUCAGUCACCAAGUUGUGUCCAAUUCUUUGUGACCCCAUAGACUGCAGCAUGGCAAACCUCCCUGUCCCUCACCAUCUCCCAGAGUUUGCCCAAGUUCAUGUCCAUUGAAUUGGUGAUGCCAUCCAACCAUCUCAUCUUCUGUUGCCCCCUUCUGCCCUCAAGCAGGGUUGACAAGCAACAGCUUCACUAGCAUACAGCAGCCCAAAAGGUGAAUUUGAAGCUGAGGCAAUAAAUGGAUAACCAACACAAUGGGACUUCGGGGGUCAUUUCUGUAUUCCAUGUUGGACAAACAUGCCCUGUGUCUUCAGGGUCAGCAAUGGUUUCUUCUGCAGUGUCUAAUCUGCUCUUAGUUUCCCUCUUGGUUUUUAAACCUCCAGCAGCUCUGAAAGUCUAGAGACUUUCCAUCUUCCACAUCUCACAGCCUGCUCACACUUUCCUGUUGUCUGAAUAUAUGGAAUACAGUCAGAAUUGUCUGUCCUUUUCCACUAAUUGACUGGCCUUUCUGGGUCAUUUUUUGACUUUUCUUACACCUGGUAAUUUUUGAUACCAGACAUUGAAAACUUUCUCUUGUUGGGGACUGAUGAUUUUUAUAUUUCUUAAAAUAGUCUUGAGCUUCAUUCUGGGACACAGUUACCUAGAAACAGUUGGACACAUCAUCUGUGACUUGGGCAGGGUUCCUAUAUUAAAGCCCAUCAGAAGAAAGAUCACAUGAGGGAAACAAAUACAUUUUUUGUUUUUUAAAACAGAAGUUAGGCCAGAUUCAGCUAAACCACAGCUGUAACAUCCAAGAAGAUGCAACUUGUACUUAAAAGCCAUGGCUUCCAAGUAGGUUCACGUGACUCCCAACACACUUACUCCCCAGUCAGCUUAUCAAAGAUGGGAUAGCUCAAAUUAUUGGUGAAUUAAUUGAACACUGAAUGUUUACCAAAAAAGGAGUAAUCUCUUAUGUAAACUUUAGGGAAAGACAGAAAAAAAAGCAAAGACAGGAAUAAUUAUCACAUAGCCUCCUACAAUUCACAUGUCCAGUAAUAAUCAAUGAACUUUUCUUGAAGAAGUAUUUAUAUGUUAUAUGUACAAAUAAUUAUACUUUCAAAUAAAACUUAAUAGUAUAAAAA